AUGUCUCUCCCGUUUGGUUUAAUUGACAAGGAUCGUGUGCAUGUCCUUCAGCGAAUGGAGGAUGCGAUGGCUCGUGUGGUCUCCGAAUUUCCCUUCCUGGCCGGGAUGGUGGUACCAUUUACCCAGCCAAAUGGUAGAAGCAACGCACUUCAGGUGCGGCCUGUCACUGCUACCGAGAUUGAAGAGUGCCCUAUUCUGGUCACUCAACAUCCUACAGAGUCUACCGCUGUUGCCGUGGAUGGGAAACUCAACACUGCCUUGAUGCCGUUCCCAAUCGUCUACCCACCACGUAACCUUUCUCCUGUGCUACGGUUAAAAGCUAAUCUGUUGGAAAACAAGCUGUACCUAGUCUGUUGCUUUGAUCACCGAGUAAUGGACGGGUCAGGCUUUUUUAGACUGGCUGCUACUUUCGCCGCGUUCUGUAGGGAUCUAAAUGCCCCGGUACCAUUCACAACUGCACAUGCGCAAGAAACAAGGCAGCAUAUCAAAGAGGUUGCCUCGACAGCCACACCGCAGGAUCUUCGAUGGACGACUUUUCCUGCCCCAGCAAGCGAAAACGAGAUAUCCACAGAUUAUAAUCGAAUGCCUAUCAGUUCUCCUUAUGUACUCGAUGGCCGAAAAAUCAAAACGCUGCGUGGAGCUUGCAAUUUGGCUUUACAGACUUUUCCUGGGAAAUAUAGGAAAGAUCUUCCCGAUAUGUCCCUUCCAUCUAGUCUGGUCGUCAGCGCGCUAGUGGGAAUAUGUAGCAGUCGUGCCCGCUUGAGGGCUUUCCCCGAUGAGCCGGAAUUCUCGUCUGAGACGUUCAUCGUGGAAAAUAUUCGAAAGGCACUCGAUUUACGCCGGGGAUAUAUGGGAAACACUAUAGUGGGCACCCAGAGCAAAUGUGAUGGCUCUAUACCUCCUCCGCCUGAGGCCUCGAGAAAUAUUCAUGUGCCAGAGUCUCUCAGUCUGGUUGGGCCGGAAGAUAUCUGGCGGAUCUGCAAUGUUGCCCAGACCCUUCAUGAAGCAUCCGGACACUUGAACAAGCAGCAUGCGCAAGGUAUGGUCGCGAAAAUGUCCCGCGAGCGUGAUUGGAGUUCAUUCCGACCAGGGUGGGGGUCAAUUUUCUUGUAUCUAAUACCAAGUCAGCAUCGCCUUAUGUGA